CUCUGCUGCAUAUGAGAUGAAAACGGCGUCGUUUGGGGCGGUUAACAGAGCCGCGGCUGGAGCUGCAGGUGCGAGCUCUGGCGGUAAGACGGUAAUGAUUACCGGAGUGAGCAAAGGACUAGGCAGAGCCUUAGCUCUAGAACUAGCCAAGAGAGGUCACACCAUCAUCGGUUGCUCUCGUGCUCAGGAUAAGCUAAAUUCCCUCCAAUCUGAACUCUCCUCCGACCAUAACAACCACCACCUGCUCCUCAUCGCCGACGUGAGGUCUAAUAGUAGCGUCGAAGAGCUGGCAAGAGCUGUAAUAGAAAAGAAGGGUGCUCCAGAUAUCAUAGUGAACAAUGCGGGUACCAUUAACAGAAACAACAAGAUAUGGGAAGUUCCAGAGGAAGAGUUUGACGCUGUAAUUGAUACGAAUGUGAAAGGAAUAGCUAAUGUUUUGCGUCACUUCAUCCCUCUAAUGUUACCCAAGAAGCAAGGAAUUAUUGUUAACUUCUCUUCUGGAUGGGGAAGAUCCGGUGCUGCCCUGGUUGCGCCUUAUUGUGCAUCUAAAUGGGCUGUUGAGGGUUUGACCAGAUCAGUUGCAAAAGAGUUGCCUGAUGGGAUGGCAGUUAUUGCACUUAAUCCGGGAGUGAUACACACUGAAAUGCUCCAGUCAUGCUUUGGCACUUCAGCUUCAAUUUACCAGGCACCCGAUGCAUGGGCCCCAAAGGCAGCUACAAUGAUACUCAAUCUAACAGUAGCUGAUAAUGGUGCAUCUCUUACAGUGUGAUGAAAUUUUCUGAGGCUGUAAUGAUGCUCAAAGAGAAGCAUAUGGUAGCACCUCUCUCACUGUGACGAGAGUUCAUCAUCACCAUUUGGGCAUUUAUUCAUUAUGAACAGUAUCAUGCCUUUCAAACAAAAAAUUCUUCACCAGUCAAUACUAAAAUUGAAUUACUACGAA